AUGGACCCCUCCAAACCCCCUCAGGAUGAUCCGCCUCCGCGACCCAUUGAUAACAGCCAAAACAACCCAGCCCAAGUGGCCUCGCAAUGUGAUUUAUCAGACUCUUUGAACCAGUUAUCUUUGGCAAACGCAGUCGCGACCCCUCUACCGCAGUCUCCGUCCCUUUUAACCCCCCACGACACCUCGUCGCGUUCCUCCGUCGCCAGCGUGACAGCGUCCCAGCGGAAACCCAGCGCGAGUUCCCUACACGAUGAACACCGCAAGUCGAUCCCUGCACUCCAUAAACGUCCCUCGGCUGCAUCUUUGCGAUCCGUAUCUCAGCCAACGGGCCCAUCUGGCCCUACUUCCCCUCGUGCUGGCUCGUCGCGUCGUUCUUCUGCUAACUACGUGGGGCCCUCAACAGCAGUCACGUCGCCCACGAUGUCAUCCCACCGGCUGUCUUUAACCUCGCUGGAAAUGCAGGGUCCCACGGCAGCUACUGUCGCCACGGAUCACUUUCAAAAGGAGCUUGCUUUGCAUCAGGUUGUUGAUCUCAAACCCAAAACGGUCGUCCUGGUCCAUGACGCUUGCUAUGGCCAUCGCUUCUCGCGUCCGCGGACCUCGAAGUUAACUCUUGGCUCAAUCGUGGAGAGACCUGAGCGCAUUCGGGCCUGUGUUUUGGGAAUAUCUGCCGCUUACGUUCGCCUGGGUCGACGAUAUGCAGGAGAACGGUUUGCGCCACACCAUCCCGAUCUAGAUUGGCAGUUACUGCCCCCACCAUUCCUUAUUCGCAAGACGUCACGAUCUUUACCGAUUUUGGAUGGUGCUGUGACCAAUGUUCAUGGAACUCAGUGGAUGGCGGAUCUAAAAACCAUGUGCGAUGUUGCGGAGUCGCGUCUUGUAUUUACAGGGAAAGAGUUGGUUCGACCAAGCACCGAAGGCAAAGACGGCCCGGCACUUCACUCUGGCGAUCUCUACCUGUGCUCCGAGUCUCUGGAGGCGCUCCAGGGCGCACUAGGUGGAGUCUGCGAUGGUAUUGAUGCUGUCCUUGGUCCUGGUCCCACAUCGCGCGCAUUCGUUUGCAUUCGGCCUCCUGGUCACCAUUGUUCGUCAGAUUUCCCAUCCGGCUUUUGUUGGCUCAACAACGUCCAUGUCGGUAUCUCCUAUGCAGCAAUGCACUACGAUUUGACACAUGCUGCGAUUCUGGAUUUCGAUCUCCACCACGGCGAUGGGUCACAGGAGAUUGCGUGGGACCACAAUUACAAGGCGUCCAACGCGCCACGCAACGCUGCGCCUUACAAGAAGACGGCCAUUGGAUACUACAGUUUGCAUGACGUUAAGUCAUACCCCUGUGAGGGAGGUGACCCUGACAAAGUGCGCAACGCCAGUGUUUGCAUUGACGGAGCACAUGGCCAAUCAAUCUGGAACGUUCAUCUAGAGAAUUGGAGGACUGAGGCUGAUUUCUGGAAAUUGUAUGAGACCAAGUACAUCGCCUUGAUCAACAAAGCUCGCGACUUCCUCCGCGCUCACACUCAAAAAUUGACCGAGACCUUCGGCGGUCCAACUCCCAAGGCUGCGAUUUUCAUCUCUGCAGGAUUCGAUGCAAGCGAAUGGGAAAGUGAGGGUAUGCAACGACAUGGGGCCAAUGUGCCAACCGAGUUUUACGCCCGGUUCACAGCGGAUGUCGUGCGCAUGUCCCAGGAAGAAGGCCUCGGCGUUGAUGGACGUGUGAUUAGUGUUCUUGAAGGAGGUUAUAGCGAUCGGGCUCUGACCAGCGGUGUGCUCAGCCAUCUAGCAGGAUUGGCUGAUAUUGUCGCCCCAGCCAACGAACCGGCUGAUAACACUAUUACUCCCGAGAUGACCAACCGACUGGAUCUGCCAACUAAUACCAACAAGAGUGAAUAUGACCCUGAGUGGUGGUCUCCAGCCAUGCUCACGGAGUUAGAAGCUCUCGUCUCCACACCACAGAAAUACGAGAAGUCCACGCCGUCUUUCCUCGCUUCUACGACAUCUUUCAAGGCGAAAGUGGUCAUUCCCCCGCGUGAUCGCAAGCCCUCUAGUUCCACCAUUGGCACAGAACUACCUCUGCCGGAAGUGGAUUGGGCAACUGCAGCAUAUGUGCUGUCUAGGAUUCUAAUCCCCGACGAGACUCGUCAAACAAUGAGCUGCCGACCAGAGGAUCUCAACGCUGAGGCUUCUCGCCAACGGCGUGACCGCCAGGUGGCUUUGAACGGUGGCAUCAAUCCUGCAAUCCUUCCUCCACCUCCGCCACCGCCUCCAGAGGAGAAACGCCAGCUUCGAGUCAGAAAGGCUAAAUCCCCGACGCCUUACUCGCCGCGCCCUGCUACUCCCCGCCAACAGGCUAUGCGGAAGAAUCGUCGAACAACGAUUGAUGGGAAUGACCUUCCGGAUCCCUCGACAGACUUGUCUUCGGCAGACUUGUCUCCAUCUGUGGGUGCCAGUCGCAGAAAAAGCACUAGUGCAACAGAGCCUAUCAGUAUGGGUGGCUUGAAUUCUGCUAUUGAUCAGGCUAAACCUGCGGCAACACCUGUGAAAUCUGCUGGUACGCGCAAGACUAGUGGUCCAAGGCAGGGGACACCGAAACGUUCUGCAAGCCCAAGAAAGGCCCCGCCAGUCCCAAAACUUCCAUCCGGGUACCUGCCAUCCAAACUUUCUGACGAAGUUACUGUCCCAGCGAAUGAUGUGGAGAACCUCUCAGCUGGUCUUCGCAAAAUCAAAUUGGUUGUGCCAUCGCCCGAAGAGCAAGCUGCUCGGGAGAAAAAAGCUGCAGAAGAGCGCAAGGCAGCUUCGAAGGCACCAAAGCCACCGAAAUCUCCACGAUCUUCCAGAAAAGCCAGUGGUUCUAAAAUUGCCCGUGGGAAAGCUGCGAUUUGUUCUGAGGUUACACCUAGCAGCUCUCCUCCCCCUUUACCGAUGCCUCCCUCGGACUUGGCUACCAGUGAUCUCAUAAAGCAAGAGAAGCCGAGUUCUAAUUUCGGAGUAGCAUCUGACACACCUACUGCCUCCUCUCCUUGGGAUUCUGCCGCGGAAACAGUCGAUUCGAGCCUUAUGGACAUCAGUCUACAAUCCUCCAAACCCUUUGAAUGGCCUGCUCCCUCAGUGCCCGCCUCUGCUUUCCAGCAGACCCCAAUGUCUGGCACCAACUCAUCACCCCCUUUGACGCCAAAUCUCCCUCAAAAUCCCCAUCUGUCAACCCAUUCUUCUAACAUCUACUCGCCCCCAACUUCAACUUCCCAGACUAAACAGGGUCUUCCCGUCCUCACAUCCAGCAGCCCCAUCCCCUUUUCUACCCCUGAAAACCACACGACCCCCCAACACUAUCCGGAAAACCGGCCUCACCCCUCAUCUACACAACCUCAAUCGUAUGAUGGACAAUUCUUCCCCCAGCAGAAACAGUAA